AUGCUUUAUUGCAUCAAUCUCAUCCAAGACGGCCUUCUCGGCGCCAUCCUGGCCUUCAUGAUCUGGAGCUUACCCGGUGCCCUAGGAAUGUACGGCCUCUCCUUGGGCGUUUCUUAUAUCGGGUCAAGUCUCCCGCGCGCAGUCUAUGCACUUCUUUCCGGCCUCAACGCUGCCACUGUCGGCAUCAUCGCCCAUGCAGCCGUGGAGCUCUCGGACAAAAGCAUCAAUGACAAGCUUACAAGGACACUCGUGUUUCUCUCUGCCGCAGCGGGCAUAAUGUAUAACGCGAUAUGGUUCUUUCCAGUACUCAUGUGUGCUGCGGGCUGUUCGGCUAUCGUACACGACUACCGCUGGAUUCAAAAGCCGGCGGUGCGGGCCAGAGAGAUGAUGCGAGCGUUACUCGGCAAGAGACAAGGUGGAUCAUCUAUCCCAACCCUCCAGAGUGUGGAUGUUGGCGGUGAGAUUCACCUCCCAUCAAGUAGGCGAACGUCCACGCCGCAAGACAGAAACGCUGGCCACACGGCAAUCUCACCUGCCAUUCUCCGGCCUUCACCAUCCGAGCAUCAGGUCGCCAGUACCUCGCGCGCCGAACAGGGUCCGAUUGCGCCGCCUAUGGAAGCCGAUGCACGCCGCUCUCUAGCUGGGUCCGAGCCACGGAUUAUUCCAAGGGAAUUCCAACUGCAAUUUUCCUGGAAAACCGGCGCUGCUAUCAUAGCAACCUUCUUCGCCACUUUCAUCACUGUGAUGGCCAUUCGAGGAAUCAUCCCAGAUCCUCCAGUCCUUUAUAGUCUGUUCUCUAAUCUCUACCUUGCGGGAACCAUUAUCUUUGGCGGCGGCCCUGUAGUCAUUCCGUUACUUCGGGAGUACAUUGUGGCCGAGGGCUGGGUAUCUCCGAGGGAUUUUCUUAUCGGUCUUGCUAUUGCGCAGUCCUUCCCUGGCCCCAACUUCAACUUUGCUGUUUUUCUCGGCGGCCUGACCGCGGUCAGCGCGGGUCAUUCUGCUAUCAUAGGCGCCGCCAUCGCCUUUGCUGGCAUCUUCACCCCAGGGCUGGUUCUCGUUCACGGCACAAUGGGUGUUUGGGGGGCGUUGCGGAGCAGGCCCUGGGUGAAGGCCAUGGUGCGGGGUGUAAACGCCUCUGCUGUCGGGCUGAUCUACACUGCAGUCUAUCGGAUUUGGCAGGUUGGGUUCCUUGACGAGGGCUUUCAGUCAGGGAGAAGCUUAGGUGACGACCCUUGGUGGGUCGUUGUCACCGCUACUGCGUAUGUCGGGGGACGGUAUUAUAAGCUGGCAGCGCCGUUGGCGGUCUUACUCGGGGCGACGAUGGGUUUGGUUAGGUAUGGCGUUGUGUCUACGUAG